AUGGCCAUCAUAUGGGGUCUCGACCUCCACGAAAUACAAUGGAACAAAUUCAAGGGAGCAAAAAUGUUCAACCGCGCGUACCACCUGCGUCGCACAAAGAUGAUUAUCUACCAGAUGGCCAUGAUAUUCUGCGUCAUUUCUGAGUCGGUUGGAACGGCCGCUUUAUCAGAUUAUCUCGACCAACAAGAUGCCAUCCAGAAACGGCACCCCGAAGCCAAAGUGCACAACAACGACUUCAUUGGCGCUGCCUCGUAUAACAUCUUCGUCGGGGUCUCUGUUGCAACCAUCUUCGGCGCCGCGUUUUUCUUCGACCUGUUCUGGCCGGAAAGACACGAGAGUAAAUCUGUUCGGUUGGCGUGGAAGAUAUCCGGGGUGGUGGUGUCGGUGAUGAUGCUUGGUUCGGCUCUGACCAUGACUAUCAUCACUGCCACACAUAGCGCCCGUAUCACCGGGACCGACGCCGCAUCCGCCAGGAAAUACUGGGAAGAACCGACCAAGAAGCCUGCUCUGCAAUACCGGACAAACCCCAAAGCUAUUACAUCAGUUGUCUUUGCGUGGCCUGGUUGGGUUGCGACUGUUGCGAGUACUGCCAUUCUGUUCAUGUCCCAUAAACAUGACGACGAGCAGGGCCCGAAAUCGAACUAUGGACGCGAGACGGAGAGCGUUCCGGCAAUCCAGGAAACGGAGGGUAAAGCGACGACUGUAUAG